AUGGACGCCGGUUACCCCGUCCUCAGUAGCGAUCUCGAAGCCUGCAGGAUGUUUGAUCAGUACUCCUACAAGGACUCUCUUGAUUCCGGAACUCUCGCAGUCACCGGGUAUUUGCUAGGCACCCCGCUAUCGGUUAACGGCUUGGUUCAUAUACCGCUUCGGCGACUAUCAAUGUCACGUAUCGAAAUACUGGAUGAUCCGCAUCCGAUUGAACACGCUGAGCGUGCAAGGUGUUCUUCCGGCGAUGAUCAAAUGGAGAUUCAAGAAGAUUGUCCAAGAAUUAAAAGCACCGAAUUUCCGGAUCCUGAAAAACAGGAAUCUCUCGAGAGUGAGUGUAUUCCUGAUCCAAUGGACGCCGAACAAACAUGGCCCACGGAGGAGGAAUUGGCGGAAGCAGUAGCAAAGAGAAAGAUUACCAAACUUGUACCUCGAGGAACGUCAGAGUAUCAAGCUGCAUGGAUACCAGACGAAGAUGGAGUAAGUCUUGGUGAAGGUUCAGAGGACGUCGAGGAUGUGUCUAUGGAGGAAGUGAGAUCUGAAGUAGACAGUAUCAAAGACUUGGAAGACGAUGAAGAGUACGAAACUAUUACGAUAUCAGAAUCGGGAGUGGAUGGUGAACGUUACGAUCGAGAUAUCGAUGUGCUUGAAGAGAACCAAGCGAUGGAAAAAUUCAAAGAAGCAAAAUUGGACGCACAAUUUCCGGAUGAAGUGGAUACUCCUGGCGGCGUAUUGGCUAAAGUAAGAUUUCAAAAAUAUCGCGGUCUCGAAUCGUUUCGCACGAGUCCGUGGGAUGUAAAGGAAAAUCUUCCUACUGAUUACGCCCGGAUAAUCGAGUUCGCGGACUACAAUCGCAGACGAAAACGCAUUUACAAAGAAAUCGAGGACAUCGAAGGAGUCACGCCGGGACAGUACGUCAAGAUCUACAUUGCGCGGGUGCAAAAAGAGGUUUUCAAGACGUUCGCGACUGGGACUCAACCGCUGAUAGUAGUCGGCUUGCUCGAAUUUGAGCGCAAGAUGUCCCUUCUGAACGUCUUGUUGAAGCAUUCGAAUAGUACUGCGCAGCCGAUCAAGUCGAAGGAAAGACUGAUAUUUCAGUGUGGAUUCAGGCGAUUCGUGGCAUCUCCGAUAUUCAGCCAACACACGAACGGCACCAAGCAUAAGUACGAGAGAUACUUUCAUCCUGACAGUACCGUCGUGGCGAGCAUGUAUGCGCCAGUCACUUUCUCACCGUGUCCAAUUCUCUGUUAUGUCGAAAAUCAGGACGGCAAGCUCGAAUUGAUCGCAACCGGAAGCGUUCUGUCUUCCGAUCCCAACAGAGUCGUCCUGAAACGAGUCGUUCUGAGCGGCCAUCCAUAUAAGGUGAAUAAGAGAUCGGUGGUGGUGCGUUUCAUGUUCUUCCAUCGCGAGGACAUCGAAUGGUUCAAGCCUAUUCAAUUGAGGACGAAAUAUGGACGCAGAGGCCACAUAAAGGAACCUCUUGGCACACAUGGUCACAUGAAGUGUAUCUUCAACGGACAGCUGAAAUCGCAAGACACAGUGCUAAUGAACCUGUACAAACGAGUUUUCCCUAAAUGGUCAUAUGAGCCAUUGCAUACAAUCAUGUAAUUCUAUUCAAAUUAUUGCAAAAUAUUAUAUAUAUCUUAUACAUUUA